GAUCAGCCACGCGCAGAAGAUGAAUUAUGUCAGAGAACCUCCCGCAUUUCUCAUGCCUUUCAGCUUCUCUUACUUAUUUCCUCGUCGACUCCCCUUCUCUUAUUUCUGCUGUUUCUGACUUUCUACUUCAAUGGCGACGAAAGACCCAGAAUCUGUUUACGAGAUAAGCAUCGAGGAUGCAAGUGGAAACAGCUUAGAACUCAGUCAAUACAAAGACAAAGUCCUUUUAAUCGUCAAUGUUGCUUCCAAAUGUGGGAUGACAAACUCAAACUACACAGAAAUGAAUGAGCUUUACAACAAGUACAAAGACAGAGGUCUGGAGAUUCUAGCAUUUCCAUGUAACCAAUUUGGUGAAGAGGAACCGGGAACUGCUGAACAAAUCACCGACUUUGUCUGCACUCGCUUCAAAUCUGAAUUCCCCAUUUUCAACAAGAUUGAAGUAAAUGGAGAGAAUGCUUCUCCUCUUUAUAAGUUCUUGAAGAAAGGCAAAUGGGGAAUCUUCGGCGAUGAUAUUCAAUGGAACUUUGCCAAGUUUCUUGUUGACAGGAAUGGUCAAGCUGUAGAGCGUUAUUAUCCAACCACUUCUCCUCUUACACUCGAGCAUGACAUAAAGAAGCUUCUGAAUAUCUCCUGAAUGAUGGAGAUUUGUGGCUGAAUCGCAUGUGUUUAUAAACUGUAUUUGACUAUGAACCUGCCAAUGAUUUGAAUUUGUUCUGUUUUUGUUUCAUAAACUUGAACCGGUUACUCUCACAAAUAAAAUAAACCGGUUAUCUAGAUAAACCAGUGUUAUCUCAUGUUGAUAAAGACACCAGAGUUGC